CAAACUUUUCGGUUUAGUAUUAAACCGAAGUUUCGUAGUCGUCUUCUUCUUCUUCCGUCGAAAAGAAACAGAGAUUCGAAAUCGUCUUCAUUUUCCAGAUAUGGAUUGGCAAGGGCAGAAAUUGGCGGAGCAGUUAAUGCAGAUCUUGCUUCUGAUCGCCGCGGUUGUGGCGUUUGUUGUUGGUUACGCAACGGAGUCGUUUAGGACGAUGAUGUUGAUCUACGCCGGAGGUGUAGUCCUGACGACUCUGAUCACUAUACCAAAUUGGCCUUGCUUUAAUCGUCAUCCUCUCAAGUGGUUAGAUCCAAGUGAAGCUGAGAAGUAUCCUAAACCUGAAGUUGUUGCUGUUAGCUCGAAGAAGAAAUCUUCUAAAAAGUAGUCUUUUUUUUUUUCAAUCUUAUCUU